AUGCCUUCUUCCAACCAGAUCCUCUCCGUCCUCGCGGCCAUCGCUGUCGCCACAACCAACGCCGCUAUGGGCCCUGCUUUCAGCACUGGCCCCGUUGGGUCUGGCUCUUGGAUCCGUGAGGCCACUUCAACUCUUGUCCUUCCCGAUGUUCCCCAGGGCUCUACCGGUGUUGCCUCUCUUUGGGUUGGAAUGGGCACCGACAAGGGUGACUUGAUCCAGUCUAUUGCAGACAACUGGCAGUCUGACGAGUGGAGCAUCUUUGCUUACACUCUCACCAAGACUGGAGAUAACUCUCAGCUGCCUGUCCAAGAUGAGCACCAGGCUCCUGCCAAGACGGGUGAUCGUGUCACCAUGCACUACAAGUAUGAUGACUCCACUCAGGAGUACGUUCAAUACGUCUCCAUCAACGGAAAGCAGGUCUCUACCCUCUCAACCUCCAAGGGCCACGAAGCCAUGGGAUUCGGCAGCUCUGUUGAGUGCGGCGCCUCAGACUGCGGAACUAUUGGUGCUCACCAGUGGGUUGACACUAAGAUCAUCCUUAAUACUGCCGACCCCAACUACAUUCAGACCUUCGGAAAGGGCGAGGGCGUUACUGGUGGAGAGAUGACCACUAGUGAUGGUGGCCAGACCUGGGUUAUCAGCGAUCCGCUCCGACAGCUGUACCCGGACCCAAAAGCGGGUGACAACGAUGCCCCUCGUCAGAGCAUAGACAUUAUUGCCGACCAUGGCCUUGAUCCUCCCGCGAAAGGUGAGGCGAAACACGCUUUCGACACGUGGAGAACUCCAUCAGGCCAGAAGGGACGUUCAUGGCUGCAGCAAGAUCUUCCAGACCAUAUUCCUGAUUCUCGAAUCUUUUUGUAUCAGUACAACACGACUGCGGCAUAUGGUCGAAGCCUCGAUGGCUUUCGCAGCAAGGCGGAUAACCUGCUUGAAGCUAUGAGUAUUGAGAGAAGAGAAUGCCCUGGGAGACCAAUCUUGCUACUUGGUCAUAAUACUGGGGGUCUGUUGAUUAAGCAAGCCCUGAUUAAUGCCCAUAGAAACCCAGGCUACAAUGCCAUCAAAGACGAUACCACAGGCAUAGUCUUUUUCGGAACACCGCAUGAACUCAUUACUCAGAAACUUGGUGAGAUGGUCACGGCCAUCGCAAGAGAAAUAGGGCAUAAGACCGAAGGUGACCUACUCAGGUCGUUGCAGGCCGGAAGCACCUUUUCUGAGCUCGAAUCAUGGAAGCAUCAGGUGCUCCAGUAUAACACUGUCUCAUUUUGGGGGUCGUCCGAUACCAUAGUAUCUCGCAAUAACACGCCAGCCACAGAGAACUCUGCAGGUUUGGCAACUCCGAUAGGGUUGAAGAUCGUGGUUGAGAAUCUCAAGCGCCUCUACGAGUUAGCGAUUGAGAAGCCCGAGUCGCAAUAUGAUGCGUACUCAGAUACGUCCGGUGUUGAGACUCCCCCCACUUCAGAAGAUUAUGGCCAGGACGAACAUCAUGACGUAUUGGAGGAGAUCCAACGUGUCGCAUUGAGCACAACCUGUGAGAUUGAUCAGCCGAUUAUGACACCGAGUCAAGAGAGUCGACUCCAAGAUGACGAACCAAUUGUUCAAGACUCUCUCAAGACGACUUGCUACCACUCUACAAUCAAAGGCGCGCCAGCUUUUACAGGAACGGCCUUACAAGACCGCCACAUCGCGGGAAACCAGGCAAUACCGUUAGAGGCUCAAGACAAGCUAUAUUCAAGAAUGUCCUUCAAUUUCCUCAUUCUACAAGAGCCUGUGCUACAAGGUAUCCGGUAUCUCAAUUACCAAAAGCCCACCAAUGUGCAAGAAGCAGUGAUUUCUGCCCUUAUGCUGCUUCCUCGCCGCAAUGUAAUCGCUAGUUACCCUCCUGAAACCGGCAGAACUACAGCUCUAGCAAUCGCUCUCCUAUCACGCAUAUUCCUUUUUCCAACCACUGAGCCCCAGGUAUUGGUAAUAGUGCCGACCCCGUUACUGGUACACCAGAUGGAGAAGUCAAUCAAAGAGAUGCGUAGAUUCUGCGAGGAACUUGUUAUAGAGACUAUCACUCCAAGCAGACCAAUCGCAAAGGUUAAGGCAAAUGUAAUCAUUGCUACACCUGGUAGUCUUUUGGACUGCAUUCGCCGGAAGCUGGUCGAAAUAUCUCUGCAUGAGCUAAAGUCGGCCGAGCUUCAUGCCUACAAGAUCGUUCACCUGUUCUUCAGAUGUAGCGGGGAGCAAGAGAAUCUUGACAUUAUUUGCAAGCUUCCUGGUGUCGUGACGAUAAGUACACUGACCAUAUUUGCCGAGAGCAGCCCUGAUGCGAAGCCUGUACAUCAUGUACUCGCAAAUCAAGGCUACGCAGUAGCAAAUUUGUUCGAUGCAGCUGACAGUGUGGAGCUGGAAGAGAUAUUGGACAAGUUCAAGACUGGGCAGGCAAAAGUUCUUAUUACACAAGGCUGCAAGACCCGGGCCUGGAUCUUCCCUCCAGCUCCAUGGUCAUCAACUAUAAUAUCCCGGAUGCCGACGCCUGUCGGUACCUUCGGCAGCGACGAGAAGGAGAUGGACGAUCUUCAGUCGGUCGCGACAUCUGAAUGCUUCGAUCUCCGUGAGCCUCCAACAUUCUCUUCAAAACUCUUAAAAGCCCAGGUCUCUUGGCAAUUCUUCACUCUCGCCUGCAAGUGCCUAACCAAUUCCGGAGUUAUGGGCGGCUCGGACGAAGAGAAGGAGAAGGAGAAAGAGCGCAAGAGGGAUAUAGUGGGAGACUUUCUGAAAAAGAACUUGAAUAAAGGUGAAAUAGCUUUGAAGCAUGCAGUGGGUCUCGGGAGUCAGCCAAAUGUCGUCCCUGUAACUGAGCCCGUUGUCGACGGACCACGUCGGCCUGUCGAGGUUGGAUGGCAUCCUGUCGGCGGAUUUGCCGGUAAGUGGUUUGCGGAAGAGACGGGAUUGGGGAAGAUGAUCACGGAGAAGAUCAACAAGUAUCCUGAUCCGACGCAGCAUUGGGCUGUUCUCGUUGGCGACUAUGCUCAUCAGCUAUGGAUGGAUGAGAACUUUGAUGUGAUCUACACGAAUGCAAAGAUCGAACGAGACGAGUGGCGGACAUUCCCAGUCGGAGAGACGCGCUUCAAUGAUGAUGCAUUAAGGCGAGCUGGCGAAUCAGUGAUCCAGAGUAUUAGAGAGAGGCAACCCACUUACAACCUCAUAACCAACAAUUGCCAGACCUACGUCCUCCAGCUCCUCGACGCCAUUAAGGUAGGCGUGAACAAAGAGUUCGGCACUACCCUGGCUGUCUACGAGAGAGUCUUUGGACCAGGCAAGAUCAAGGAUCUCUUUGAAGGCGAAGAGAAGCCAGAAGAUCAGCAACAGCACCAAGUUGAACAAGGAGGAGAACCUGGAGCCGAGCCAGGAACGCAGCAGCCAAUGCAACCAGGCAGAUCGGAUACAGUCAACCUGGCACAAGAUGUCAUGAACCAGAAUACCAACCAAUUAGACACCGAAAGGGAAAUGGAGAGACAUGAGGAUGAGAAGGAAGACAAGGAGAAGAAGAAGAAGGGAUUCCUCUCGCGGUUCAAGCGAAGUAAUAGUUAG